GUGAGGUAGGAAGGCUGAGACGCCUGACUGGGGGGCCGCACCUUUGAAGGUUUACAUCAUUGCCAGCCAAACGCAUACGGAGACACUCGCCACUCGGAGACAUAACAGUAUAGACGGACGCGAUCGAAACCAAAAAGAAAAACAUAAACCAAAGGCGAUACAAACACCAUCAACACCAUCGUCAAGAGACCCCAAGCCGACACAGAGCACAAGGUUGCAAGCUCCAUCAAAGUAAGUCGGAGGGGUUCGGUUGGCACGUAGCGAUCGAGGUUACUUGGUUGUGUGUGGUUUCGUAUGAGCCAGAAGUUAAGAAGUGGAUGGUCAGCAGCAGCAGCCCUACUUGCGUGAUGUUUGUCCUCUGUUGGAAAAGUGCAGUAUUCAGCAUAAACCUCGCGAAGUAAUCGAUCAAUUCGGGAGCGAUUCGAUCGCUUUACCUUUCGGUGAUCCGUGUCGAUGUGGUAUGUUUGUGUCUGUGAAACUGCUGAAUGAUAGUAGAGCAUGUUGCGUACGUACUUCUGUGCUGAUCUGUGAGAUGCGCACGAUCGUGCUCCAAUAGUGGCCGUGGUGGCAAUUAUGUUAACCGUUAGCUAGAGGUCAUCGUCGUCGUCAUCGUCGUAGGAAGAAUUAGCUUAGGCUGAAAAGCUCGCUCGUUGUGAAUCAUCGCUCGUACGGCAGAGUGUGUGAAGCCUGUAUCCGCAAACACGGUCACAUCGUCGUCGUCGUCGUCGCCAUCGAUCACGGAGACGAUCACGAUCGUCCCAUGAUAGCACGGUUGUGCUGCAGUCGAAAUACAAUAUCAAAUUGUAUACAUACAUCACGCCCUGUAGACCACGAGCAGCCACGCAAUGCCACGGAAGUUAUUGAAAUUUCUCAUUCUCUUCGACAACACAUCGCUGCUGUACUUCCCGGGUCAGUUCCUGUCCGGGCGGGUUCUGCUUGAGCUGCAGGACGACACACCGGUAUUGGGACUCCAUUUCCAUGUUGUCGGCGAAUGCGUCGUACGUGUGCGUUCGACUCGGCACGAGCGAUCGUACGACAAGGAGAACUACAUCGACUUUCGGAUGCGCCUGCUCGGAGACUCCGACAACCAGGGGCCAACGGUGCUGUCACCCGGCAUUCACAGUUUCCCGUUCAAACUGGGCCUACCGGUCGAUCUGCCGUCGACCUUCCUAGGUCGGUAUGGCUGGGUGCAGUACUACUGCAAGGCCGGUCUCCGUGAACCGUCCGGGUUGAUCCACAAGAACCACCAGGUGUUUAUUGUGAUGAAUCCGAUCGAUCUGAACCUCGAGCAGCCCUACCUGGCGGACCCCUUCAAGUGCAACAUUGAGCACAAUCUCGGAAUGGCGUGCGUCGGAGGGGGAAUUGUUAAGUGUAAAAUCAUCCUGGAUCGCGGUGGAUAUGUUCCGGGUGAAUCGAUCAUGAUUAACGCCACCGUAACGAAUGCUAGCAGUGUUACAAUCAAAUCGACGAAAGCAGCUCUCACAGAGACGAUACAGUACUUUGCCCGUGAUAAGAUCAUGCAGACGGAAAAGCGUGAACUGGCGGUGAUAGCGCGUGGUAAGAUACGCGCCGGUCAUAGGGACGAGUGGCAAAAUGAGUCGCUGUACGUUCCACCACUUCCACCGACGAACCUUCGCGGAUGUCACCUAAUACGGAUUCAGUACGACGUUUGUUUCCUAAUCGAACCGAAAUCGUUGGAAAAGCAGAUCAAGCUGCAGCUACCCAUCACACUCGGUACGUACCCGUUCAAGACGGCCGACGGUGACGAUACGAACGAGUGGGCCGAAACGAUCUACAAACCGGAAACGCACUAUCCGUCUACGUUGCCCAUCUUUCGACCGUGGUUACACGAGAAAAACGAUCAAAAAUAGUGCAGCGCGAGCGACACCAGCACCCGCGCUGGUCAGCACAGCUUCGCUUGGCGCAACGAAAUGGCCGGUUACCGGUGCCAUACAUGGAAAACUUAGUAAAUUAAACUUUUAAAAUGUUAAUCACGCCGACAAACACCGUUUUGCUGUGAGCACUUGCAACGUGUGCGUUGGCAUGUUAGAAUGCGAACUUGUGCAUCGUUCCAACUGUGAAGCGAUAGACGUGUAAGGUAAUAGAUUAUAUUGCAUAUUAAAUAAAGUUCAUCUCUAUACCUUUAUACGAACUCACAUCUAUCGG